CUUUAUCCACACCAACAUUAAAGGCAACAGCUAAUUUGUAUAGUGUCAUAGAGUUAGCAAAAAUGGACAUAACUACACAGUCUCUUUCCCAUGCCAAGCUUCCAGGCUGCUCAACUUCUCUCGCAACACCAAUCUUUCAUUCCAAAGCCUCACUUCUUGCCCAUAAUUCAAUCACAUUUCAGUCUCCUAAGAACUUUUUCACACAGCUACAAGGUGUUAGGAUUAAAGCAAAGAAGCAAAGGAGUCUUGGUGCUGUACAUGCUUCUGGGGCUGACAGCACUUUGACUGAUGUUGAAGAAAGAUGGCUUCUUGUACCCGUUGGUGAUGGGGAUUCAGGGCAUAUAGGUUUCAAGGUUAAAAUGCCAGAUGCAUUUGAAAUAGCUUCUAGUGAGGUUACUGUUGGCCGCCUCCCCGAUAAGGCAGACAUGGUGAUUCCAGUUGCAACAGUGUCUGCUCUACAUGCUCGCAUUCAGAACAAGGGAGGAAAUCUUGUGGUCACAGAUUUGGACAGUACUAAUGGAACAUUCAUCGAUAAGAAACGGCUGCCACCUGGAGCUUCUGUCAGUGUAUCGCCUGGAAGUCGUAUUACAUUCGUAUUAAAUAUAACUAAGUGCUGAAAAGCCAGUCCUUAAAGUGAAGGAUGGUGGCAGAUUAGAGGUGGGAAGGAGGAGAUGUUAAUUUUGAGCAAAAUUUGGGACCUAAUUCUUGAUUCUCUUACCGGUUUUCAGAAGAAUUUUGAUUUGUUUAAAUAGUACGGCGCCGCCGGCUUGAACAAUUAAAUUGUGGAUUAUCAUUAAUUUGUUUGUUUGUUGCUUAUUAGUUUUUAUUAUGAGCACCGGAUUAUCAACUCAGGAUAAUAUUUUUAUUAAAAUAAUAUUUUUUUUUGAGUUUA